AUGAGCAGACAAGCCUGCAAGCAGUCCUUCAGCCGUGGAAGCCAGGGUUUCUCCGGCCACUCGGCUGUGGUAUCUGGCAGCAGCAGGAGGAGCUGUGUGGCACGAACUCGGGCAGCCGGUGGAGGGGCUUGUGGGUUCCGGAGUGGAGCAGGUGGCUUUGGCAGUCAGAGCCUCUACAACCUGGGUGGCAGCAGGAGUAUCUCUAUUAGUGUGGCAGCUGGUGGCUCCCAGACUGGUGGCUUCGGCAGAGGGCAUGGCAGCUGUGGCAGUGGCUUUGGAGGUGGCUAUGGAGGUGGUUUUGGUGGUAGCAGAGGAAUAGGAGGUGGCUUUGGGGGAGCAUCUGGAUUUGGGGGAACAUCUGGAUUUGGGGGAGCAUCUGGAUUUGGAGGAGCUAGUGGCUUUGGUAGGCCUGGUGGUUUUGGCCCUGGUAGCUGCCCUGGGGGAAUCCAGGAAGUGACCAUCAACCAGAGCCUCCUGCAGCCCCUCAAUGUGGAGAUUGACCCCCAGAUUGGGGAAGUGAAGGCCCAGGAGCGUGAACAGAUCAAGACACUCAACAACAAGUUUGCCUCCUUCAUCGACAAGGUGCGCUUCCUGGAGCAGCAGAACAAGGUCCUGGAGACCAAGUGGAACCUCCUGCAGCAGCAGACCACAGGCUCUGGCUCAGGCCCCCAGAGCCUGGAACCUUUCUUUGAAUCUUACAUCAGCUGCUUGCGCAAGCAGUUAGAUUCCCUUCUCGGGGAGAAGGGAAGCCUGGAGGGAGAGCUGAAGAACAUGCAAGACCUGGUGGAAGACUUUAAAAAGAAGUAUGAAGAGGAAAUCAACAGACGUACUGCUGCAGAGAAUGAGUUUGUGGAGGUGAAGAAGGAUGUGGAUGUUGCUUACAUGAACAAGGUGGAGCUGCAGGCUAAAGUGGACAGUCUGACAGAUGAAAUCAACUUUCUGAGAACUCUCUAUGACAUGGAGCUGUCCCAGAUGCAGAGUCAUGUCUCAGACACAUCUGUGGUCCUGUCCAUGGACAACAACCGCAGCCUGGACCUGGACAGCAUCAUCGCUGAGGUCAAGGCCCAGUAUGAGGAGAUUGCCCAGAGGAGUAAGGCUGAGGCCGAGGCUCUGUACCAGACCAAGCUUGGGGAAUUGCAGACCACAGCGGGCAGGCACGGGGAUGACCUGAAGAGCACCAAGAGCGAGAUCAUGGAUCUCAACAGAAUGAUCCAGAGACUUCGAGCAGAGAUUGAGAACGUGAAGAAGCAGACCGCCAAUCUGCAGACAUCCAUUGCAGAAGCUGAACAGCGUGGCGAGGGGGCCCUCAAGGAUGCUGAUGCCAAACUCCAAGACUUGCAGGCUGCCCUGCAGAAGGCCAAGGAUGACCUGGCCCGGCUGCUGCGUGACUACCAGGAGCUGAUGAAUGUCAAGUUGGCCCUGGAUGUGGAGAUUGCCACCUACUGCAAGCUGCUGGAGGGCGAGGAGUGCAGGAUGUCUGGAGAAUGUCAGAGUGCUGUGAGCAUUUCGGUGGUUAGCAACGUUACCAGCACAAGCAGCAGCAGUGGAGGCUUCAGAGGAGCCGGUGGCAGCGGUGGCAGCGGCUCCAGAGGUGGCAGGGCUGGUGGCAGCAACUAUGGAGGGGACAGCAGUGUCAGCAACAGCUGCAGCAGGGACAGCACUGGGAGCAGGCUUGGCAGGGAAGACAGCUCCUCUGUAGGCCAGCGAGGAAUGGGCACCCAGGCUUCCACAGGCGGCAGCUACAAGUCUGGCAGAGGAGGCAGCGGCAGUGUCCACUUCUUUCAGACCACCAGUUCCAGCCAGCAGCGCUCCAAGUGA